AUUUCAAAUAAAAAUCUUGUAUUGAUUGUUAUUUUUUGUUGUUGUUAUUAUUUUUAUCAUCAUCGCCAUGUCACUUACCACCAUAAAUUCUUCACUCCUACGCACUCUCUUUGGCAUCUACAUUUUCAUUGCAAUACUAUCAUUUGCUCAAGCCGUGUCAUUUGUACCCCGAGGUUAUUUUACAGAUAAAACAGUCGAGCCUACAUAUACCAAAGACCAAAAAGACGAUGUUUUGAUAAACUUAUAGUCUAUUAUUACAUACAGAAACCGUUAUUUCUUCCUAUUUUUUUUUACCUAUAUAUAUAGUUAGGAACUAUAUACAAGACCAAACAAAUACUUUAAUACUUUAUAAUCAAUUCAUAUAUGUACACACUAUUUUUUUUCAUUUAUCAUAAAUACUCUCUAGCCGUUAUAUUAAUUUUAUUUCUUUUUUUAUAAAUAUAAAUAAUAAUAUUCAUCUUCUUGCUGCCUUGAGCUAAAAUAAAUAUAAAUGCUAUAAAAUAAAACAUAUGCUGAUAUAUAUAUAUACAUGAUAAUUUUAUAAAUAAAGCAAAUUCUUACUAUUUUCCCCCAGU